AUGGCAAUAAAUUUAUUUUAAUCAUCUACUAAUAGUACAUUCAAUCCAUUCACUAAUCAUCCCAAUCCUAUUUCAUAAUAAAAUAAUAAGUAUUAAUUUAAAAUACUCUAUUAGCUUUCAUCCAUCAGUCCCUGGGUCUUAUAGAGGAAUAUUUAAAACUGAGAAAAUUACAUAUACUCAAAUAGAUCGUGAUGAUUAAAAUACAAAUUUAUAUACAACAAAUAUGUUUAUGCAACAAGAAUAUAAGGGAAUUGUAUAUAUUAGAUAUUCCCAUAGAGUGCUUUUCAAAUUAGAUUAGAGGAUUAUUAUUUAAUUAGAUCAUAAUAAAUAUAAGACCAUCAUAAAUCACAAAUUGAAGCAGCAGUGAAGAAUAAUAGUUUUAAUCCUAAAAUGAUUAGAUCUUCAAAUUAACAAAGUUUUCAUUACUUAUUACAAUAGAUCUAAAACCGCCUUUAUUUCAAGAUUAAGGUGAUAUUUUCAAAAGAUCAAAUAACCUAUUUAAUAAACCCAAUGAUCACAUAAAAUAAUCCAAUAAUAACCAAAAUAUAUUCAAUAAUCCAUCAAAUAUCAAUAAAUCUGAUAUUUUACCCAAUAAUUCAAAUGAUUUAUUCAAUAAAAAUAAUAAUCCAAAUAUAUUUAAAGCUCCUCCUUCUACUAAUUAAAUGAAUAAUAAUAAUAAUUAAUCUACGAAUCUAUUUCAAUAGUAAAAUAAUAGUAAUUCAAAUAACAUUUUUUAAUAAAACAAUGGAACAAACAAUUAAGGUAAUAAUAAUAUAUUUAAUUAAUCUAAUAAUAAUUUUAAUUAAUAAUAAAAGAAUAAUAAUCUUUUCAAUAAUUAAAAUCUCUUUUCAAAUAAUAAUAAUAAUUCAAAUAAUUUAUUUAAUUAAUCACUAUAACCUAUUUAACCUGCUAUAUUUUAGUAUCCUACUAAUACAAAUAAUAAUUUAUAUUAACCUCUGAUAUAACCAUCACUUUUAUAAUCAUUAGAUUAUUUAAAAUUUCAAGAGAAUUAAUUUAAAGAUUUUACUCGUUAAGUAGAUUCCCAAAUAAUAAUAAUGGAACAAUAGAAAUAAGCAAGUUUAGAUGAAUAUGAUUCUAUGCUCAGAGACAGCGUUAACAUAAAUUUUGACUAUCGAUUGUAAAAUUAAUAUACUUAAAGCAUGAAAUCCAAUAAAUCCUAUAAAUUACAAAAUUAAAAAUCUAGCAAUUUGAGUAAUAAAACUAUUACUAGUCGUCAUGAUAAGAAAACUUAUUCUACAUUUUAACCAAAUAGUUUAAACACAGAAAUUAAAAGCAUUUUUAAUAGAGAAGAUAGAAAACCUAUAUCAAAAUUUUAAGAAAAUUUUCAAAAUACUGAUUCUAAAUGUGAGUUUAAAAGUUUUGCUUAGAGAAAUGAUAGAAAAUCAUAAUCAAUUAUUUUUUUGGAUUUAGAAAUUAUAUUUCUAGAAAGUGAAAAAUUCUUAUCUAUUUCUUAAUAAUUUUAGAAUAAAUCUAGAAUUUAUAAUGUAAAAUAAUUUGUAGAAGAACAACUUCAAAAUAUUGAAAUUUUUGGUUCAUAAUCAUAACAAUAUUUUAAUAAUUGUUUAAUUUAUAAUAAUACUAAUCUCAUAUAGGAUUAUAAUAUUUUACUUUCAAAAUUUACUAUUAAUAAGCUAACAUUCAAUUACUUUUAUGUAAAAUUACCAAAAUUAAUUAAUGAUGCUUAUUAUUCAAAUUUACAUGAAUUUCCAGAUUUUAGAAAAGUUCAUAACUUUUCUGUUUCAAAUAAAUUUGGUAAAAUAGUUUGGACAUAAGAAACUAAUAUUUAUUAUUUAGAUUUAGAUAAAAUAAUUGAUAUUAAAUAGGAAUCUAUUGAAGUUUAUGAUACAACUAAAAUAAAUGAAUUGCUGAAACCAGAAAUUGGAAUCAAAUUAAAUAGUGAAAGCUAAAUUACAUUCAAAUUUUAAUUAAAAAAUUCAUAAAUAAAUGAAGCAAUGUUUAAAAGCAAUUUAAUUAGUUAAGCUUAGAAAUAGGGAUUAGAAUUUAUAUCUAUAGAUUUUUUAAAUUAAGAAUAUACUGUAAAAGCAUUUCAUUUUAGUGGCUAUCAUUUUAAUUCUGAUUAUUCUAACUCAGAUAACUAAAAUUAUUAAGAUUAACAAUAAUAAGUAGAAAUUUAAACUAACCAACAUGAAAUUUCAUUUGAAUAAGAAGAAAAUGAUUCUCUUUCCUUAGAAUAUUAAAAUGAACAUACACUAUAAUUCAAAAAAAAAUUUGAUAUUAAGUUUUAGAAUUUGAAAAUUUAAGAGAAAUAAAUCAAUUAUUAAUUAUCAAAUGAUAUAAUCAAUAAAUAUAAUUAAAGACUAAAUCAAAAAUUCGUUAUUCCACUGAAUAAUUUCUAAUAAAAUGAAUAAUUACUAAUUAAUAUUUAAUUAAUUGAUAAUUACUUUAAUAAUUAGCAAUAAUCAGAUCAAACAAAGAAUACUUAAAAAAUAUCAAUGUUAUUAAUUGAUUGUAUAUAUCAAUUUCAGAGUCCAUGUGAAGAAAUAAUAAGAUCAUUUCAAUUAUUGAAUAUUUUGUUUGGCAAUUCUACUAUAGAUAUUGUACAAUUUCUAUAAUUAUAAUCAAAUCAUUUGGUAUCAUUUUAAGAUAUUGAUAAGUCUCCAAAAAUUAAAAAUAUUAGAGGUUUACGUUUAAGCUUAUUUUUGGAAUAAUUUAAGAUUUAUUAGACAUAAGUAGAAUUUAGAGAAUAAUUGAUAUCACAAUAAUAAUUAUAAAAUUAGCUAUAGAAUGUAUUUUUAAGUUUAAACUUAUAACCAUAUUCUAAAACUAUGAUAAUAUUAAAUAAAAAUGAUUGGAUUGAUAGAUUUGUUGAUUGGAGAAUUAAUAGAUCACAACCAUAACCUUUGUAUGAAGAUUAAUGGUGGAGUGAAUUGUAUAAUUAAUAAAAAGACAACUAGAUUACAUCAUCUUAAUUUGCUGCAUUUAUAUAUUAUUUACUAAAGAAAACUAAAUAACCAUCUAAAGAAUAUAAAAAACUGUAUGAAUAUUUGUAUAAUCAUAUUGAUACAUAUACAAUAAUUUUGUUUAAUAUCNUAAAAGCAUUUCAUUUUAGUGGCUAUCAUUUUAAUUCUGAUUAUUCUAACUCAGAUAACUAAAAUUAUUAAGAUUAACAAUAAUAAGUAGAAAUUUAAACUAACCAACAUGAAAUUUCAUUUGAAUAAGAAGAAAAUGAUUCUCUUUCCUUAGAAUAUUAAAAUGAACAUACACUAUAAUUCAAAAAAAAAUUUGAUAUUAAGUUUUAGAAUUUGAAAAUUUAAGAGAAAUAAAUCAAUUAUUAAUUAUCAAAUGAUAUAAUCAAUAAAUAUAAUUAAAGACUAAAUCAAAAAUUCGUUAUUCCACUGAAUAAUUUCUAAUAAAAUGAAUAAUUACUAAUUAAUAUUUAAUUAAUUGAUAAUUACUUUAAUAAUUAGCAAUAAUCAGAUCAAACAAAGAAUACUUAAAAAAUAUCAAUGUUAUUAAUUGAUUGUAUAUAUCAAUUUCAGAGUCCAUGUGAAGAAAUAAUAAGAUCAUUUCAAUUAUUGAAUAUUUUGUUUGGCAAUUCUACUAUAGAUAUUGUACAAUUUCUAUAAUUAUAAUCAAAUCAUUUGGUAUCAUUUUAAGAUAUUGAUAAGUCUCCAAAAAUUAAAAAUAUUAGAGGUUUACGUUUAAGCUUAUUUUUGGAAUAAUUUAAGAUUUAUUAGACAUAAGUAGAAUUUAGAGAAUAAUUGAUAUCACAAUAAUAAUUAUAAAAUUAGCUAUAGAAUGUAUUUUUAAGUUUAAACUUAUAACCAUAUUCUAAAACUAUGAUAAUAUUAAAUAAAAAUGAUUGGAUUGAUAGAUUUGUUGAUUGGAGAAUUAAUAGAUCACAACCAUAACCUUUGUAUGAAGAUUAAUGGUGGAGUGAAUUGUAUAAUUAAUAAAAAGACAACUAGAUUACAUCAUCUUAAUUUGCUGCAUUUAUAUAUUAUUUACUAAAGAAAACUAAAUAACCAUCUAAAGAAUAUAAAAAACUGUAUGAAUAUUUGUAUAAUCAUAUUGAUACAUAUACAAUAAUUUUGUUUAAUAUCAUAGUGAGAAAAUAGAAGACAGUAUCAUAAUAAUUGAAAUUAAUAGGUAGAACAAUUAUUACAAAAUUAUUGAAAUCUUAAGUAUCUAAUUAAUUGAUAUUUACAAUUCUAGAGACAUUUAAAAAUAAAGUAUUUCAGAAAGAAGAAUUAAUUAGAAUAUAAUCUUUGAUUGGGAAAAUAGGAUUCUUUAAUAAUAUAAGUGGGAAAGAUAUAAAUGAUGUUGAUUUAUAUAUUGAUAGAAAAUAAUAUCUACCAGCUGUCAAGAUAAUAAUUGAAAAGAAUUUAGAAUACUAAUACUAUUCAAUUUUAAAUGAAAGUAUAUUACCUUAUUUGGUUAUCAAUGAUUACUAUAAUGAGAAUGAUGUAAGAUUAAUGAUAAAACAUAUUAUAAAUUUAAAAAAAGGAAACUAGAUUAUAAACAUUAUAUGCUAGGUAUAAAUAUAAUUAAAUAUUAGAUGUAUUUAUAGGAAAUAGAAAUGAAUGAGAUAUUAAUUUAGAAUUGGAUAACAAAAAACGAAUAUCAAUAUCAUAUGAAGUAGAUAAUAUUAAAAAUAUGCUAUAAUUCAUUUUGA